CAUUCGCAACAGGCGUGGUGAUUCCCCUCUCCCCCAGAAAGAUAUCAAAACUUGAAAAUAUCCUCCUGCAAUAUUUGGAUCGGGUUUUGAGAUUUUCUACCUAUUUAUUUACUCCUCUAGUUUUGGACAGUUGGGCACCGCUUCUGACUUCUGUAGUCUCUGUGCUCUUAUCACCUUCACAUUCAUCACUUUUCACUUAAAAAAAUUCUUAGAGCAGGUUCUGGGUGUUUGGGUAGAGAUGGAGAAUCGUGUGGUUAGAAGAAGGAUGGACCUCAUCAUGGGUCACUUCGCUAGCAACGAGGAUUCAUCACCCAACACUGUCUUCCCCACGAACUGCUCUAGCAGUAUAAAUUCGGUGAUCCGACGAGGUGAUAAUAGAAUGCUUUUUGCACGACAAGGGUGUGUAUCUCAAGCUCGCUUCAUGAGACCAGUUUCAAUGACACAGGGUAGCUCGGUUAAGUGUGGCACAUCUCUCAGUUGUUCUGGUUCUGUAAUUCAAGACUUCACCUAUUCUUCGGAAGCACCUACCUUCUCUAGACCAGCUAGGAAGGAAAACAACUUACCGAAUAUUGUAGAGCACCAUCCCAUGAAGCAAGACUGCAAAUUAGCUGCAACUGAGACUCCCCUAUUUGCCCGCCCAAGUGUAGGAUUGAGUGGGCAAAAACAGGUUUUCUCUAAGGAGAUAAAGCAUGCUUCAGGGCCCAAGGGCAUUGAACGACUCCCGCAGAUGCAUGUUUCAGAGGCUGGACAUAAUCAUGUUGUCACAGUAGAGCUUCCUGGCAUUAGGAUUAGAGACAUAAAAGUGGAGGUCGAUGACCAAAACUUGAUUGUGACGGGUCAACACUCAACACAACGAUGGCAAUUUGCAAGUGGUCCUGAUGAUUUGUUCGUGGUAAAUCAUAUGAGGGGGAUUUCACGAAGGCCAUACCGGUUAGUUUGGCCGCUUCCAAACAAUGUGAAUAAGGAUGGUGUCUCAGCUGUGUUUCUGGAUGGAAUCUUACAAAUUACCCUUCCCAAACUUUGAGGAUAUGGUGCAUAUACAUGUGUACUGGGAGUUGUUAAGCAGUGUAAUCUAUGUAGUUUCUUUAUACUUGUAUGUGAAUAACAUUUGAGAAAUCAGUUAUUUUGUGCAUACACUAUAUGAGACUAAUUAGAUGUAUUAUUAUUGUAUUCAUCAUUUAUAAAUUUUCAUUCUAAUCUUGGUAA